AUGACGGUUGGUAUGUCAGGAGUAGCUCAUGUAACAAAUCGAAGGUUUUCUUUCAAAAUAUUAAGGCUUUCGAAAUAUUCAUCAAGAGUUGCAGCAUUGCAAACCCUUUUCAGAAUCAACCGUAGGAGUUAUAGUGUACAACCAGAAUUCAAAUUAAAAUGUGGCUUAGAAAUCCAUACACAAUUACAAACAAAAUAUAAAUUAUUCUCUAGCACUUUGAAUAGCUCUUUAGAAACUAAACCAAACCACAAUGUUUCAUUUUAUGAUGCAGCAAUUCCUGGAACUCAGCCAAUAUUAAACUAUGAGCCUGUCAUAUUUGCUACUAAAUUGGCAUUGGCAUUAAACUCAACAAUUAAUAGCUCGUGUAGUUUUGACAGAAAACACUACUUUUACCCAGACCAGCCUGCCGGCUACCAAAUUACUCAACAUUUCUCUCCAUUUGCCAAGGGUGGGUGUCUUAUGUUAUAUGGCGACCUUGAUAAUAUAGAUGAAAUAAAUAAAAAAAUUAAUAUUAUUCAAAUUCAAAUAGAACAGGAUACUGGGAAAUCUAUUUAUAACAGGAAUAAUUCUGGUGAUGGAAGAUUGGUUGAUUUAAACAGAUCAAACGUACCGUUGAUUGAAUUAGUGACAUAUCCUGAUUUUACUGAUUGUAAACAAAUUGUGAGUUUUAUUAAAAAAUAUCAAAACCUUGUUAGACACUUACAUAUUUCCACAGGAGAUCUCGAAACAGGUGCUUUAAGAGUUGAUGUGAAUGUUAACGUCAAUGAUUUUCCAAGAGUAGAGCUGAAAAAUUUGCCCAACACUUCUGAAAUUUCCAAAGCUAUCAAAUAUGAGUAUUAUAGACAAGUAGAUAUCUUAAAAAGUGCUAAAGAUAAUAGCUAUGUCGAGUAUUUAGCAGAAACUAGGUCAUGGGAUGGAUCAAGAACCCAUUUACUAAGAACUAAAGAAACGCACACAGACUACAGAUAUAUCCCUGAUUUAGAAUUACCUGUCGUUAAUUUUUCUCAAAAUUUCAUUUCUACAAUGAAAAAUAAUCUAGGUUUACUACCUGAUCAACUAAUAAGGAAAUUGCUGGCAGAACCCUAUUGUCUUUCCUUGAAAGAUGCUAGGAUAUUUUCAAUUAGCAGUAAUAGUAAAAAUAAUUUAUAUUCUCAUAAUGAUCUAUCUACAUAUUUUUUCGAAACUUUCCAUUCUUAUUCUAGUUUGUGUAAGCGGUAUAAUAUAGCGACAGAAUCUAAAUUGGUAGUGAAUUGGAUUCUUCAUAACCUUCUAGGAAUAUUAAACAGAUAUUCAAUUCCUUUAAAGAGCGUAAGCCAUACUUUCUUAACUCCAAAAAGUUUUUCUUAUUUUUUAUACCUAAUUAAAACAUCCAGAAUAACCAAUAGUACUGCUAAGCUAAUGUUGCCAUCUAUCUUAAAAUCAUUCGACCCUAAUGACGAAAAAUAUUCCAAACAAAUAAAUUUUGAUGAUAUUUUAGGACAAUAUGACUUGGCACCUAUUAGUGAAGAACACCACAAAGACGUACAAGACUUAUGUAGAGCAAUAUUAAACGAUAUUAAGGAUCAAAGUCUAAUUGAAUGUAUUGUUUCUGGGAAAAAGAAGAAUGGCUUAAAAUUCUUAAUCGGACAAGGUAUGAGAAAAUCACAAGGUAGGAUCACAUCAAAAGAGUUUGAACUUAAUUAUAAAAAAUUAUUAAACAUUAAAUGGUAG